AUGGAGGAUUUUGUGCUUCAGAAAGAACAAAUGAAAGUGGAUAGACCCAAUCCAAAUAAAGGGGAAUUCGUCCCACCUGACCUAAACUCCCACUUCCAAAUUUCGUAUAUUUCACUAACAAAAGUGUCAGUAAUUAAAAAGUUCCCCCCGGUGAAACUUUCCUUUUCAACUCGCAUCUCCUCCUGCAACAUUCCAGAGAAAUCGACGACUAACAGCACGUCAGCACCCACUAAUUUCGCUUCUUCUGGUAACAAAUAA